AUGGCUUUUGAUGCGCCUGAAUCCUCGACCACUGCUGAUUGCCAGCGUCAUCUUCGCCAGUGUGGCCGUGGACACCUGGACUGCUUAGGAUGCUUAUUCGCUGCAGGAUACCUCGGGCGUCUUCGAAAGAAAGCGCAGCAACUGUGCCCUGAAGAUGCACAGUUGGCCUGGCGUGCCAAAUGUGUUUUUAAGCAUCCUGUCACUGGAAAUCAGAUGUCGUAUUUGGUAGCCAACUGGGAGGAAUCUGGCAGUGUGUCUGUAGGAUGCUUUAUCUGCAGGGCUUGUUGUGCAAGCGGGGCUUAUGGAGCAAUGGAGGUGAAAACUAGAAAUGCGCUGCAGCUGUGCAAUCUGGCAGGACACGGUGAUUCUCAGAUACAUAGAAAAUCUUUGGAAACUUGGGCAGCGUCUCAUGCGGUAGAGCCAGGCACCUCCUGUGCGGAAGAGAGUGCUCAGCCACCAAAGUCUCAGGGUCUGGUGAGUGGAAUUUCCGAUUCUGUACCUCGACUGGACCGUUGGGUCCAGGCUCUUGAAUUGGUGGCUGCUUGCAAAAGCUAUGGUCAGUUUGCCGCCCAUGUCGAUGCACAGACAGUGGGCUCAGCGCUCGAGCCGGGCGGGGACACUUCCGAGCACGUGGCCCGAAGGCUAAUUUUCUCGAUGGCGGAGGUCUUGAACGAGAAAGACAGGGCCAUUAUGAAGGAUUCUGCCUUUGCUUCUGUUGCUAUCGAUAAGACACGGGAUAUCUUUCUGGUAUAUGCGAGAGUGCUAACCCAUGCCGGAUCUUUGUAUGAUUUUUUGCUGGGUAUUGCUGAGUGCCUGCCAGAUGUUGAUAGCGGCGCCGAAGCCCUUCAACAGAUCAUCAGAAGAGCUUGCACUCGUGCUGUGGGGCAGAGAAAGGGCGGCUUGUUGUACACGCACCCAGAAGAUAAGUUCGUCACUGAAGCCUACACCCGUUUCUGCAACAGUGUCAUCUCAGCUGUCGCCGACGGCGGCACGGUGGAGCAACGCAUCCUGUUCGACAGCACAGCUGCCAGACUGGUGAAUACACAAUCGCCACCGUUAUUUCCAAGCUGUAUGAUCGUGACGCGGGACCGCCCGCACAGGUUCAGAAGUGUUCAAAAGGGUUUCUGGAACCAGGUAGACCUGCCAAUCAAGGAGUUAUUGGAUAGUCUGGUGACUGGCAACAGGUCUGUAGCUCGGCUCCUGGAAAGCUCCCUGAAGUUCGGGCGGGUCUUUCAGCAGGCCCAGAUGAAUGCCAAGGUUUCUCAUUCUGCCCCGACGUUUGCAGGUGUGAUAAAGAAUCUUCAAUACAGCGAGGCGAGAUUCGAUAGCCGAUCACGACCUCUGUUCCGCCUGUUCCGUUUACUGCCGAUCGUUGUGCAGUGCCUUGCUGACAUCUCAUCAGAGCAAGAUGACGAAGACGCCACCUGGGCAUGCGAGCUGUUGGAAUCCCUGGGAGGCGAGAAAGGUUUUAACGCACUGCUGGGAGCAGCGCUGGUGGCUGACACUAUGGUGAUAACUCAGCCAGCCAUCAGGCUCGAGGAUGCCGCCGCUGCUGAUUGGUCGUUAUCCGGACCCGUGGCGUCAGAACUUCUUCAAACACUCCGUCAUUUGCUUUAUGAGGGUGGCAUCUGGCUAGAAGAGGCAGAAGGGACGUUGGUGCAUGCAUGUCUGAGGUCCGUGAGGGGCAAAACGGUGUAUAUUCGCUCUGGAACUCCUGCGGCUUCUGCAAUAGCCCUGGCAUGGCCAACUCCUCUGAGUCCCAUCAUUGCGAAGGCGAAAGAGCUGUUUCGCAUUUAUGAAGCCUUCUUCAAGGCGAAUUUCCCUAUGUACGAGGAAGCGAAUGCAUUCUCUUGCUUCAACAUUGAUGCGGAGCUCACUGUCAGAGACCGGUUUUACUUUGUUCGUCUGCUGAGUGCCCGCUACAGCCUGAGUAUCGAUGAUGUUUGGCGACAGUUCCAUGGCAAUGGAGUCAGUUCAGGAGCCUGGCACAGAGCUGUUUGGCAUGGGUCCAGUGCCGGCUUGGCGUUUGCUGCUUCGAAAGCAGAAGCGUCGUGCUUGGAAUCUGAACAUGCGCCGGAAACCCGGUCUCAGAAGGCUUGGCUAUCGUGCUUCAAAGAACUGGAAAGGGAUACCCCAUGCAAACGACUGGUUGGGAUUUACCUUGCGAGCCUUAGUGGCACAGGCACUGUGGACCGGUGGUUGAAAGAAGUUGUUCGAGUCAUGGACUAUCGGCCCAAUGUCGAUCCUCGAGGGGCACAAGCAGCUGUCAAGUUGAUCGUUCAAGAUUUGGGCGGCCGCCGCCGCACCCCAUUGCAGGGCCGGCAGAUGUUGGUGGAGGCUGUAGCCAAAACAGCCCAUGGUGGCGGCAAUGUGGCCCACCCAAUUUCGAAAUUCGGAAUACAGGCACAGACUCUGUACAAGAAUCUGUUCGGUCAACGUCGCCUGCCAGGGCGAAGCUUGGAUGCAAAGCUUCCGCAAGAAGUGGCCAGAUUGCGACUUGUUGCAGACAGGCCUCGGAUGACCCGUGCCCGAUUGGGCACAGCAGCUGCAGAUGAAUCUUCUGAGAAGGCAGCCCUGCAGGCGCAUGCAGACAGUGUCAAGGCAGCAGUUGCGAGAGUCAAAGAAGGAGGGGAAGCGGAGGGACCAUUGGGUGUAAUUCAGUUGCCGCAGCCUGACCCCAAGAGGAGGAGAAUCAUGCAGGAGGCUGCGCAGAGUGCAAACAUGAUGUACACAUCCAUGGUCACAGGACGGGCGCUUGGGACUGAAACCAUGCCCCCAGAAGCUGAUGAUAUGGCGGAGCAUCAAAAGAAGGCUGUCCAGAAGCAGAUUGACAUUGCUAACAAGAAGGCAGAAGCGUUUCUGCGAACAAAGGCAAGUGUGCCUGUCACAUAUGUGGAUGCGAAGGGAGGAUUCAUGCGAGUCAAGGAUGACAGACCUUCUUCUGUCGGACCCGCUCCUGCGCUUCCUGCUUUGAUUCGGGCAAUUGUUGCUCCGACUUUUUCGGGUCUGCAGCCGGAAAAAUUUCCCAACUUUCAAUUCCGCCAAGCCAAGACUUUUCGAAACUCCUGUGACGUUGUGCUGGUGCCAGAUGUUCACCGCAAUUUCACCGACCCCGAAGCUUUAUUUGCAAGGCUUGUCGGCGCUCGCCUUGUGGACUCGCGCUGGCUUGCAGGAGACAGUGAAGGUGAAAUCUGUUUCAGGAGCGUUAUGCAGAACAAGCAUUUGAUCCUCUACAUCCAUGGCAGUUUCGCGCAGCAGCACGCUCGACAUGCUAUCGUUCUUGAGGCGGCUGGGCAGAUGAGCCCGUCGAUGAGAGACGGCAAGCCACGUUUCGAUGUCAGGUCCGGUGACCGACCGGAAAAGAUCAGCAAACCGACUUUGACAUAUGCACUUGUGGGGGAUGUCGAGGCAGCAACUUCUCAGCAGAAGAAGAACAAUAGAAUCUGGCACCUCGCUGACUUGAUGACUGCGUGCACAUUGGUUUGGGACCCACCGGCGAGCGAAAACACGAGCGCAUCUUCCAGUUCUGGCCGGCAAUGCCCCCAGCUGGCAUCCUGA